AUGGGAGAGAUCGAUACGAAAUCAAUUGAAUCAGUCCACGCUGCACUUUCAUUGUUCGGAGAGAAAUCAUGUGAUCACAAGAAGAAAUAUAGAUCCACUUCAUGUAUCAAUGAGAUGGAGAAAGAAAAUGAUACAGAAAGUUUGUUGAAAUACUUGGCAAACCUCAAAGUUCAACUUGAGGCGAAGGAUUCUGCACACAAGCAAGCACUUCUUAAGCUAGACCAUCACGAAAAUACAGUUGAUGAGCUAUGCACUUUGCUAAUGAGCUCUGAACUAGAGAAGGAGAUUUACAUGAUCGAAUGUAGAGGAUUAAGGGUUCAUGUACAUGAGCUUGAGUCGAGAAUUCAGGAGAUGGAUGACCGAUUUUUGGAGUCUGUAAUGAUACGAGAGCAACUCUCACAUGCCACCAAUGAGUUGAGGGACACACAAAGAGAACUAGUGGCAGCAAGAGAUGCUAAGCUUGAAGCCUUGUCACAAGUAGAAGUGAUGGAAAAUUCUUUGAGCACCGAAAAGUUAAAGACUGAUGAGCUAUCGCGGGAUGUGUCAAAGCUGAAUGAGACUGUUGCGCACUUGAGAAUGACUGCUACUAAGGCAGAAGAAAGCGCUGCGCUUUUGGAAUUAGAAGCAGCAAAUGCUAAAGAAGAAGUUGUGUUUAUGAGACAUCAAUUGGAAAUGAUGCAGGAUUUAGAGAAUGAGCUAUUGGACAAGUUUGCACUUAUUGAUUCAAUGAAAGCAGAACUCCAAGAAUUGAAAGAACUUCGCGCUUCUUCUGAGGAAGUACCUUCAGAUGCCGGUGCUAGUGAGAUGAAAAAGUUAAAUGAAGCUCUCGAAUUACAAGAGAGAAAAAAUUGGGAUCAGUCCGGUUAUAUCAGUCUAUUGGAAUCAGAACUCAGGCAAUUAAAAGGGGAACUGAACAAAGCCAACGAAGAGUCUAUUCGUGCCAAUGCAGACUUCGGAACAAUUAACAUUGAGCUGGAGCAGAUUAAAAAGGAAAUGAUUGAGACUAGAGAAAAGGAAUCAGAAGCACAAGUUGAGAUCACAUUCCUAAAAUCCGAGCUUCACAAAGGGAAGUCGAAAAUUUCAGCAUCAGAGGUUACUGAUUCAGUAGCCAAGAGUGAGAAAUCAGCUUUACAUCUCGCAUUACAGCAGCUGGCCUUAGAGGCUGAAGAGGCUAAAAAUGAAAACAGGAGGUUGAAAGAAACCGGUAAGGCAUCAGAAGAGGGAAAAGUAGAGGCUAAGGCCUAUAUGACAAUACCAAAGGAGGAGUAUGAUCAGUUACAUGAUGAACCAAAUGAAAUUCAAGUACUGAAGAAAGAACUAAAAACAGCAACAGUGAAAAUUAACGAGUUGAGGACGAGAGCUGAGCAGGCGAUAAGCAGAGCUGAGGCAGCUGAAAAGGGUAAAUCAGCACUUGAAAAUCAGAUAAAGAGAUGGAAGGAACAUAAAGAGAGAAAAAAGGCUGCAUUAGCAGCACUUAGAGAGGAGUCCAUUUCCAGAGAAAUCACUGAAUACAAAUAUGAUACUUCUCCGAAAACACUACAACCUCUUGGUAAGGUUCUCAAGAUGAAGUUCUAG